AAAGGAAUUUCAAAAGUGACAGAAAUGAGUCAAACAUCCCUAAAACAGAAAAAAAAGAAUGAGGAUGGAAUGAGGUACUCAAAAGAGAGUCUAGAAGCACAGAAAAGCAAAGAGUCUGAGAAAUCUGGAGGAGUUCACCUCGGCACUCAGGGAUCACAAGAAUUAGCAGUGCCAAAGACAGACUCUCAAGGGUACCUUGAGAGAAAUCAAUGGUCCCGAACAUCUCGAAGCCCAUCCACCAGGGCUCCAUCCAUGGAUGAACCCAGAAGUAGGAACGCAAGUGUUAAGCUCCCUAACAGCUCGGCCACCUCCCGGACUUCGUCCGCCUCCCCGAGCCAGCACGAGCGCGACGUGCCGCAGCCGCUGUCGGCGCAGCCGUCCCCGCCGGUGCCGCGGGAGUCGCGGCCGCCCACGCCCCCGGAGCCCGAGCCCAGCCCCCGGCGCGGCAGCAAGCAGCAGGAGCCGCCCGCGGCGCUGCGGGAUCCCCGUCGAGCGGAAGACCGCGCCUGCAUGUCGGAGAACCAGCGGCGGGACGACGACGCCUGCUGCGCCUCGGGGAAGAUGCUGUACGAGAAGACGCCGAGCGGCUCGCGCCCCCGGCCGCCCCCCGCGCCCGAGCACGCCAUAACCGUGGCGCUCUCCUCGCGGGCCCUCUUCAGCAUGGUGGACGGCAGGAAAAUCUACGAGGAAGAGGGCCUGGAAAAGUACGUGGAACACCAGCUCGACAACGAAAACGUCGUCCUGACCCCCGGGCCCGCCUUCCGCUUUGUCAAGGCCCUGCAGCACGUCAACGCCAGGCUCUGUGAGCUGUACCCCGAUGAGCAGGAUUUAUUUGAUAUUGUGCUGAUGACUAAUAACCACGCCCAAGUGGGAGUGCGGCUUAUAAACAGCGUCAAUUACUAUGGCUUACUAAUUGACCGCUUCUGUCUGACUGGUGGAAAAAGCCCCAUUGGCUAUCUGAAGGCAUAUCUUACCAACUUGUAUCUUUCUGCGGAUUCUGAAAAAGUACAAGAAGCAAUACGAGAAGGGAUCGCCUCUGCAACAAUGUUUGAUGGAAACAAAGACAUGGCUUACUGUGACACGCAGCUCCGCGUGGCCUUUGAUGGGGAUGCCGUCCUCUUCUCGGACGAGUCGGAGCACAGCACCAAGGAGCAAGCGAUGGACAGAUGCUAUCAACACGAAGCACUAUUUGACAAUAAACUUCUUGCUCAGGGUCCCCUGAAAGACUUUCUGGAAAAUUUAGGCAGACUGCAAAAGAAGUUUUAUGCCAAAGACGAACGGUUACUCUGCCCUAUCAGGACCUACCUGGUGACGGCCAGGAGUGCAGCCAGCUCAGGCGCCCACGUGCUGAAAACCUUCCGCCGCUGGGGUCUGGAGAUAGACGAGGCUCUCUUCCUUGCCGGAGCCCCCAAAGGCCCCAUCUUGGUGAAGAUCCGGCCCCACAUCUUCUUUGAUGACCAGAUGUUCCACAUUGAAGGGCCACAGAAGUUCGGUGCCAUCACAGCUCAUGUACCUUAUGGUCAAAAACUCAUCCCUUAG